AUGACGUGUCACUAUCAUAGUAGUCCUGACAAACAAGAAGAUUCCAUUAAUGAAUCACUUGUUAAUGAUUCAAUCAACCAGUACUAUGAAUUAGUACGUUAUAUCAACAAUAAUAUGAUACAACAGUCAGAUUUUCAACAACGUGCAAAUCAAAUUAUAAAUAAAUUGGAUGAUAUGCAUGUGAAAAUGUUGUCAGUUAUUCAAAUGAAUAAUAGUAUGCAAAAAACAGAUCAUUUGUUUAUUAAUACAUCUGGUGUUAAACGUAAAGAAUAUGAUGAAAACUUAGAUUUGACGGCAGUUAUUAAAUCAAAUAAAGUUGCAAAAGCGGAAUGA